AUGUUUCACCAAAUUCAAAAUGAUAGAGCUUCAAAUUUCCUGUUUCAUCUGUUGAUCUUAUUGUUGUUUCUUAUGACCAACGUGAACUCAGUUUCAUUCAAUUUUACAAGCUUUCAACCCAACAACCAGAUGAUUGUAUACCAAGGGGAUGCGUUUGCAUCGAGUGGGAUUCAAGUGACCAAGAAUCAGCGUGACCAGUCGCUCAUGAACAGCGUUGGGAGAGCUUUGUAUGGGGAUCCUGUUCAAAUAUGGGACAAGAAGACCCGAAAGCUAACAGAUUUCAUGACCCAUUUCUCCUUCUCGAUGAAUGCUCUUAAUUCUUCUGAAUAUGGUGAUGGGUUAUCUUUCAUGCUCAUGCCAUUUGAACCAGAGAUUCCUCAGGGUUCAUUUGGUGGGUAUCUUGGCCUAUUCAGUCCGGCUACUGCUUUCAACUCCUCCAACAACUCCGUAGUUGCAGUUGAGUUUGAUUCGUUUAAGAAUCCAUGGGAUCCUAGUGACAACCAUGUGGGAAUCAAUGUCAACUCAAUUAUCUCCGUGGCUAAUCUUUCAUGGGAUAGUAGCAUCAAGGAUGGAAAGGUUGCAAAUGCAUGGGUGAGUUAUAAUUCUAGUACAUAUAACCUAAGUGUUUUUCUAUCAUAUGAAGACAACCCAAUAUUUGGUGGGAACUGUAGCCUUUGGUAUGUUGUUGAUCUAAGGGAAGUUCUACCCGAAUCGGUUCGUAUUGGUUUUUCGGCUGGAACCGGGGACUGGAUUGAAACACACACCGUUUACUCUUGGUCAUUUAGUUCUAAUUUGGAUAAAACUCAAGUGAAAAAGAACAUAUGGUUGACUACUGGUUUAGCCAUGGGUUCAGGUGCCUUGAGCCUUGUGGUUGGGUUCUUCUGGUUCUUUUGCUGGAAGAAGCGAUCCACAUUGAGAAAAAAAGAAGAUGUCUCUAUACAAUAUGACUUCGGAAACAACAUGGGGCCAAAGCAAUACUCAUUUCGCGAACUUAGUAAGGCAACUGAUGGGUUCUCAGAAGAACGAAAGCUUGGUGAAGGUGGUUUUGGAGGUGUUUACAAGGGCGUACUAUUGAGUGGUGUAAACUCACUAGUUGCAGUCAAGCGGGUAGCAAGUGGAUCAAAGCAAGGGAAGAAAGAGUAUGUAUCUGAAGUAAAGAUCAUCAGUCGAUUAAGGCACAGGAACUUGGUGCAACUCAUAGGCUGGUGCCACGAACAAGGUGAUUUCCUUCUUGUUUAUGAGUUUAUGCCUAAUGGAAGCCUUGAUUCCCAUCUGUUCUACUCAAAAUCGAUGCUUAGUGCGUCCAUCAGAUACAAAAUAGCCAUGGGAGUUGCUUCUGCCUUGCUUUAUCUCCAUGAAGAAUGGGAACAAUGUGUGGUGCAUAGGGAUAUCAAGUCCAGUAAUAUAAUGCUAGAUUCAAGUUACAAUGCAAAGUUAGGAGACUUCGGACUUGCACGAUUCGUGGAUCAUGAUCUUGGCUCUCAGACCACUGUUAUAGCCGGAACAAUGGGUUACUUGGCCCCGGAAUGUCUGAUGACAGGCAAAGCAAGUAGAGAGUCCGAUGUGUAUAGCUUCGGGGUUGUUGCGUUAGAAAUCGCGUGUGGAAGAAAACCCAUUGACACGAAGGUUGAACCUAGUAAACAAAGGUUGGUAGAAUGGAUUUGGAGUCUUUAUGGUGAAGGGAAACUGUUCGAAGGCGUAGACGAGAGGUUAAAUGGUGAAUUUGACCAGAGAGAAUUGGAGUGCUUGAUGGUGGUUGGUUUGUGGUGUAGUCAUCCGGAUAGUAGCAGUCGGCCGUCGAUAAAACAAGCCAUAAGUGUGUUAAAUUUUGAAGCUCCUUUGCCUAGCCUGCCGGCUAAACAUCCGGUGCCUGUCUACUAUGCACCUCCGAUGAGUAUGUGUAGGUUCACGUAUACGUCUUCAGUUGGUCUUAGCACCACGGUGUCAGAGAGGAAAGAGUCUGUGAGCAGUUGUGGCUCAGCAGGAUCCUCAAAAGCGCUCUUGGAAAUGGGCAACAGGGGCUUGUAA